UAAAGUCGGUCUGGGCCGGUGCAGAGAGAGAGAGAGAGGGAAAAAAUGGCGGCGUCUUCGUCUCGACGGCUGCAGACCAAGCCGGUCAUUACCUGUCUGAAAACCUUCCUGAUCGUCUUCAGUUUUGUUUUCUGGAUUGCAGGUGGUGUGCUUUUGGCAGUGGGUAUAUGGGGCAAAGUGAGUCUGGAAGAAUAUCUCUCUCUCUUGGCUGAGAAAAGUACAAAUGUUCCCUAUGUACUUAUUGGAACUGGUGCAGCCAUUGUCAUAUUUGGUUUUUUUGGCUGCUUUGCAACAUGCCGAGGAAGCACAUGGAUGUUAAAACUGUAUGCUAUGAUCCUGUCACUAAUCUUCUUGGCACAACUUGUAGCUGGAAUCUCUGGGUUUGUCUUCCGACAUGAGAUCAAUACCACUUUAAAGAAAUGCUUUCGAGAUGCUGUACAGAAAUACAAUACAACAGGUUCCUCUGUGGAUAGCAUUCAGCGCAAUUUGCAUUGCUGUGGUGCUCAAAACUACACCGAUUGGAAUGACACUGCUUACUUCAAAAUAAGUGGAAUCCCAAUUAGCUGCUGUAGAAAUACCUCUGAUUGCAAGUCUGGAGAUCUGAAAAACAUGUCUACUGCCAAAGACAAAGUCUUCAAACAGGGUUGUGUUGUACUGGUCAUUAACUUCAUGGAGAAAAACGUAGGAAUCGUUGCUGGAAUUGCUUUUGGAAUUGGCUUUUUCCAGUUGAUUGGGAUCUUGCUGGCCUGCUGUCUGUCCAGAUACAUCACAAACAACCAGUAUGAAAUGGUUUAACAGACCUAACAGGAUGCUUGUAUCAACUCAAAGAACCUCAGUCCAGUUACAGGAACCAAGCCAGAGUUAUGCCAAACAAAGCUUUACAAAUUUGCAUUAUUAUGGUGUGAUGGACUAAAAUAGUUUUUAAAUUCUUCACAUUUAUUUUUUUUGAAGUAUAGGUUUGUAAGGCUGUACUGGUUAGUAAAUGAUGUAGACAUAAUUUUAAUCAGCAAAGCCUUAUAUUGUAGUUGCACUCAGUGCCAUGAGUUUACUAUCUUUAAUAUUUACUGCAUUUAAGAUUUUCUCUACACUUUUGAAUUUAUGAUCACUGGUUGCAAAAUUCAUACAUGGAAUUUUUACAUUUUUAACAAACUUGUCCUGUUGGAAGGAAGAGAACACUAAAGCAUAUUUUUCUACGUAUAGUGGGUAUGAACUAUUUUACAGACACUAAUGCAUUUUCUAAAGCAGAGCAAUAUUAUUCCUGGAUACUUUGUUUAAUGACUGUUCUCUGUGCGCAAAGUAUGGCCUACUUGGGAUGACUUCAAAUUCUCAAACUACAUCUCAAAUGCACAACUUCAAACUGUGUAGUUGUUGUACCUUGCGCACACACAGGUGACUAGCAAAAAAUGUCAAAUCUGGUAUGGUCACUGUUCUUGCUUCCUAUGUAUUUAAUUUCACAAUGUUAGUGUUCUAAAAGUGCACUUUUUAUGCUAACCAAUCCACUAAAGAUUGUGAGCUUGUCCAGAGGUGGAUUGUUCACUGUAUAAUAUAACACUUUAAGCGUUGGCAUUAAACAGAAAAAUCUGAGCCAUGCUGCAAGUUGCAUCAACAUUUCUCUAUGCUGAAGGAGAUGAGCAUAGACUGAGAUGAGGGCUAGUUUUCUUUACAUGGUCAGUGUAGAUUUCCUAUUUAUGCUCUUAUACUACCUUUCUUCCCCAAUUGUUAACACUGGGCAAUGUGUAGAGGUGUAAACCUCAGUGUAAUGAAACAUGUAAUAUCUUGCAGCAACUUCCUCUAUGUAAGCUACAAUUCAAAAAUAAACAGAUUACACAAA